UCCCGCGUCGGCCAUGCCCGGCAUGAUGGAGAAAGGGCCCGAGCUCCUGGGGAAGAGCCGGUCGGCCAACGGCGGCGCCAAGAGCCCGGCGGGCGGCGGCGGCGCCUCGUCCACCAACGGCGGGCUGCACUCCUCGGAGCCCGAGAGCGGCUGCAGCAGCGACGACGAGCACGGUGAUGUUGGCAUGAGAGUCGGAGCUGAAUACCAAGCUCGGAUCCCUGAAUUUGAUCCAGGUGCCACCAAGUACCCGGACAAAGACAAUGGAGGGAUGCUUGUGUGGUCUCCCUGCCACACCGUCCCGGAUGCCAGGCUGGAUGAAUAUAUCGCAAUCGCAAAGGAGAAGCAUGGCUACAACGUGGAGCAGGCGCUUGGCAUGCUGUUCUGGCAUAAACACAACAUUGAGAAGUCCCUCGCUGAUCUCCCUAACUUCACUCCCUUUCCGGACGAGUGGACGGUGGAAGAUAAGGUCCUAUUUGAACAAGCCUUUAGUUUUCAUGGGAAGAGCUUUCACAGAAUUCAGCAAAUGCUUCCAGAUAAGACAAUUGCAAGUCUUGUAAAAUAUUACUAUUCUUGGAAAAAAACUCGCUCAAGGACAAGUUUGAUGGAUCGCCAGGCUCGUAAACUUGCCAAUAGACAUAAUCAGGGUGACAGUGAUGAUGAUGUGGAAGAAACACACCCAAUGGAUGGGAAUGAUAGUGAUUAUGAUCCUAAAAAAGAAGCCAAAAAAGAGGGUAGUACUGAACAACCCGUCCAGACUAGCAAGAUUGGCCUUGGGAGGAGAGAGUAUCAGAGCCUGCAGCAUCGCCAUCAUUCUCAGCGGUCAAAGUGCCGUCCUCCCAAGGGCAUGUAUCUAACCCAGGAAGAUGUGGUAGCUGUUUCCUGUAGUCCCAAUGCAGCCAACACCAUCCUGAGGCAACUGGAUAUGGAAUUGAUCUCUCUAAAACGUCAGGUUCAGAAUGCUAAGCAAGUAAACAGUGCACUUAAACAGAAAAUGGAAGGUGGAAUUGAAGAAUUCAAACCUCCUGAGUCAAAUCAGAAAAUUAAUGCCCGUUGGACCGCAGAGGAGCAGCUUCUAGCAGUGCAAGGUGUCCGCAAAUACGGUAAAGAUUUUCAAGCUAUUGCAGAUGUAAUUGGCAACAAGACUGUUGGCCAAGUGAAGAACUUCUUUGUAAACUACAGGCGUCGGUUUAACUUAGAGGAGGUAUUGCAGGAGUGGGAAGCAGAACAAGGAACCCAGGCUGCUAAUGGUGACGCUCCUACUUUAGGGGAGGAGACAAAAAGUGCUUCUAAUGAGCCAUCAGGGAAGAGCACUGAUGAAGAAGAGGAGGCACAGACCCCACAGGCUCCUCGGACUCCGGGUCCAUCACCUCCUGCCCCUUCACCCACUCCAACACCAACAGCCCCCACUGCCGCUCUGAACCAGCCCCCUCCACUUCUUCGUCCAGCGCUGCCUGCCGCCCCGGCUCUUCACCGGCAGCCCCCUCCGCUCCAGCAGCAGGCUCGGUUCAUCCAGCCCCGGGCAACUCUCCAUCAGCCUCCACCACCUCUCAUUCGCCCUGCUAAUUCUAUGCCACCCCGCCUAAACCCAAGACCAGUGUUGUCCACAGGCGGUGGUCAGCAGCCACCAUCACUGAUUGGAAUUCAGACAGAUUCACAGUCCUCACUGCACUAAAGAUUAAACUGGACAUGGCAGAAACUUUCCGCCGUCAUUACAUCAGUGCUCAUCUGACUGACCAAGAGGGGAGAGACUAGUACUUGCGGGUGCCGAGGCGGCACGCCGGUCCGUGGCAGUGCCCGAGCAGAAGUGGACACCUAGAUUUUCAGUUCACUAAAGUCACACAACGAAAGCCUCCGGUUAGCUCCUUUCUAGAACGUAUUCACCAAUGGGAUCUCAUGAAAGGAAAAAUAUUAAGUGUUCUCUAUGCCAAGGGAUUUUUUUUGUUUUGAUUUUACUAUAUUUAUUUUAUUGAGGUUCUUGAUUUUUCUGUCUCUUCAUAGUCAAGGCUGGUAGUACAGGAAUGUUGACUUAGGAAUUGUGAAAACUCCUUAGGUUUCUUAAGGAUUUUUGGCUUUUUUUCUUUAAUUUUUUUAAAAUAAGUUUUCCUAUGUUAGGAGUGCAAGAAUAAAUAACCUGCAUUUCAGAUUUUGUUAUAUGUUCAUUUUAUUCAUAUUUAAGAAAUUAUAGCUGCACGUCCCUUUUUCCAAAACAUGUUGCUUUUUUUCUAAAGGAAUUCUAGUAUAGUCCUUUUAAAGAAAGCAAUUUAGUCAAUUGCAAAGCAAUUAUAUGAAACCACAGAGAAUGUAUUGAGCCUGAUAACCCGUUAGCAUACAGUUUAGGGUCCUAGUGCAAAGUCCUUGUCUAAGGUCAUUGACCCACUGUCUAUUAGUAAUCGGAGUUUGGAAUAAUUUCCAUAUAAGUAAGGACUUAAUUUGGUGAAAUAGGAUGCCUUUAAGUUCCUUUAUUUUGAAAAAAAAAAAAUGUUUCUAAAUGCUAUUUACUUUUAACUAGUAGCUGUCUAUAUUUGGGGAACUUUAGAAGAGAUUAUAUUUUGUCAGUUAUGUAGAAAUGGUGGCUAUGGAAGCAUUUAUUUACGAUACCCUUUUUGUGUUUUGCUUCUGAAUUAAAAUUACCCUCAUACUUACUAAUAUAGUCUGCAUAUAAUAUGAAGGGUGUUUUCUUGAUAAAUCUCUCUUGUGCUAUUUGGAUUACAUUUGUGUCUUCCUUACAGCCAACCUGUACUUGUGAGUUUGGCUUAAGGUUAAACCAUCAACAUUAUUUCAUAAAGUAAACUUAAGAAUUUGUUCUGUGUUACUCUACAGAUGUAUCCAUAUAUUUCCAUAAUUGUGCUGUUAGCUAAAAAUACUGAGACCCAUUUUAUAACAAAACAGACCUAUUAAACUCAUCACAUAAUCAUUAAGCACCUACAAAGAAUAUUUUAUAAGUGAUGGUGGGUGUCUCAGCAGUGUGUUACUGAUACAGUGAUUUCAUACUGGACUCGUGACUGCAUAGGGACAGAUGGAUCCACUUGUGCUACAUGGGGCUGACUGCUCACACCUUCAUGGACUCUUUACAGAGUGUACACAAGCCACCAGCAUCAGAGGUUCUCAUUAAUGUUUCAGAGGUCAUGUAUUCCCAAAAUACUGAAAAAAUAGUCCCUUCCAUUGGCUCUAUGGCUUUUAAAGAGCUGUAGAUUUAAAUUCAUUGGUUAGUCUUAAUUUUCAGCGUUACCAUCUCUGUCACAAGGACCCUACAUUCUGGCAUAACUGAGAAUGGUUUGCAGGGUAGAGCCUUUUCCUUUUCACUGGGUCACCAUAAAUAGUUCUUCCUCUGGACUAUAACCAGAUAAAACUUCACUGAUUUCAAGUAAUAUUAAAGCAUUUAUACUUAUUUUCACUUUAAAAGCCAUUGAGGGACAGUUAUAUACCUUAAAAUACCUAAAGCAUUUUUUAAAAGCACUUGAAUUGUCUUGCAUAUGUGCAUAGUAUACCUUGACAGCUGCCAUUGUCUUGUCUCUUGUCAGUACACAGUACGUGAUCAGCACCAGCACCUGUCCAGUGUUCAGUAUAUUGUGAUUCAUCUAAAAGUCAUGUUGUCCCUGGGUGGGCCCAGGUGCUGUGUCUGAGGGCCGUGCUGUGACUAACUGAUGUACACCAGAGCACACAGUACAAAACCCUGGCGUCGCCAGUGGCAUAACACCUGUGUAUAGCGAGAUGUCUGUUGUGCUUUGCAGAUUUUGUAAAUAAUUUGCACGUCAUUAUUUUUCUUUUUGUUUCAGCAGUGUUUGGCCUGGAAGAGUAAUAUGCUUGCUGCUUAAUCAAAGGAUUAAAGAUUUAAAGAUGUCUAUGUCUUCUAUUUUUAUAUACUCUCAUGUUAUAUGAGGAACUUAGGACCUCUUCACUGUGAAAUUCAAAAUACUGAUUUUUAUAAAAAUCAAAUCCUAGAAAUCUUUUAAUGACCAUUUCUUUAAUUUUGAGGUUAUCUUUUUUGAGAAAUCAACACCAAAGUGUUUUUAUGACAUUACUAAAAAUAAACCACUGUUGAUGCAUCUGGUAAAAUUAAUGAAAAAUAUUUUCUCUAUGAUUUCAUUCCCAUGUAAUAUGGAUGGAAGUGAAGGUAAGUUAUAACAAAAACUUAUCCUUAAUAAGUUUACAGUUAAGUAAGUAAAAUAGAAUAUAUAAUGAAAAUGAAAGAAUGUUAGGAAUAAAUGUAGGGAGUAAGCCAAGAAUGUGAUGGUCAGUAUUUCCAAGAAGAUGAAGUACUUUAGUUACAAGUACUGUUUACUUAUUAGUUGUAUGGUAUUAAUUUAAUGUUCCUCCCUGUUAUCAAAAGACUAUUACUUUUAUAUAUUCCUUACUGCUACCUGGUUAACUUGGGUGUAUCAGGAUCCCAUCAGGAAGAAAAAUGUGACUUGGGGCUAAAAGUGGAAUUUGUAUUUCUCUGUGUGCUUCCCAAAAUAAAUGAUGAAUACAUUCUGAUUUCAGGGGGCAUAAGAAAAAAAAGUGAAAUGUGUUCAACUUUUGAACUUGGACAUUUGUUACAGAUGACCUCAUGUGUAAGAAGGUAAUAAUAAAUGAGCACAGAAAGGAUCCGA